AUGAUGUGCACGAUGUGCGUAGCCAUGCCAACGACCAUAGACAUUAUGUCGAGCACCUGCGGCAGAAGGGAUGAGAGAGAAGUCGGGUUCGCACCUUUUGGCAAUAUCGGGCCCAGCUGCAACACGCGCUUGCCCGAUGGGACAGCAUCAGGGAGGGAGUACCUCAUGUACAGCAUGCUGACCCACGUCGGCUUGGUGGAGCGCCUCCUGCACGCGGGCGUCCUUGACCCUCGGGAGGCGGUGCUUGGCGCGGCCUGCACGUGUGUUGACUUGGUGGAGCUGGUGAACAGCGGGGCCACCCACCCGCGGGGCAGCGAGAGCGACUGCAUUACGAAGAGCGUGCGAUUGAACUCCGUUCCCGAAUUGAAGGUGAGCGUGAACGCGCAUGCCAUGCACAACGUCGCGAACAUGAGGGGCCAGAGCAGCUGGAACCAAGACAUGCUUAAAACCGCAAGGGACCUCCCGGAGAUAGCCGCGAGCACGGCCACGUUCGCGGCGGGCUUCACGGCGUGCAGCAGAGCGGCGAUGCGGCAUCACCGCGAGCGUGGAGACGAUGAAGACGAGCAGACGCCACACCGGUGGGCAGCGGCGCACACCAUUGCAUGCUGUGAGUGGAGCGCGUGCGGGGCUCUGGCCUAG